AUGGAGCGUCCCAGGGAUCCUGCCGUUCACCCUUUUAAGAUCGCUUCAAGUCUUGUCUCUCCAGGUUCAUUUCUUUUCUCUAAAAAACCAUCGGGCCCAUCGGCGUCCAAAGUUCCACAGAAAAUGGAUAAAUCCCAACAACCCAGCUCCUUCCAGCAGCUGGAAAAGCUCGGUGAAGGAACCUAUGCUACCGUCUUCAAAGGCCGCAAUCGCCAAACUGGCGAGAUGGUCGCUUUGAAAGAAAUUCAUUUGGAUUCGGAGGAGGGCACACCGUCAACCGCAAUCCGCGAAAUCUCAUUGAUGAAAGAACUGAAGCAUGAGAGUAUUGUCUCACUCUACGAUGUCAUCCACACCGAGAACAAACUGAUGCUCGUCUUCGAGUUCAUGGACCGCGACUUGAAGAAGUAUAUGGACACCCGCGGUGAUCGCGGACAGUUGGACCCUGCCACGGUCAAAUCUUUCAUGCAUCAGCUCCUCAAAGGCAUCGCCUUCUGCCACGACAACCGUGUCCUCCACCGCGACCUUAAGCCGCAGAACCUCCUCAUCAACAAGAAGGGCCAGCUGAAGCUCGGUGAUUUCGGACUGGCUCGCGCAUUCGGCAUCCCGGUCAAUACCUUCUCCAACGAAGUUGUAACUCUGUGGUACCGUGCCCCAGAUGUCCUUCUCGGCAGCCGUACCUACAAUACCAGCAUCGAUAUCUGGUCCGCCGGCUGCAUCAUGGCAGAAAUGUAUACAGGGCGGCCAUUGUUCCCCGGCACAACGAACGAGGAUCAAUUGAUCAAGAUCUUCCGUCUGAUGGGAACACCCUCUGAACGCACAUGGCCCGGUAUCUCCCAGCUGCCCGAGUACAAAUCCAACUUCCAUAUAUACGCCACCCAGGAUCUGUCUCUGAUCAUUCCUCAAAUGGACCCUGUCGGGAUGGACCUCUUGAACCGUAUGCUACAACUCCGCCCGGAGAUGCGCAUCAGCGCCACCGAGGCUCUCCAGCACCCUUGGUUCCAUGAUCUGCCCCAGAUCCAGGCUAAGUUGCAGCAGCAACACCAGCAACAGCAGAUGGCUGGGUAUGGAGGCAUGAUUCCCCCGCAGCCUGCGUAUUAA